AUGGGUCCGACUGCGCCAUACUCACCAUCCCAGAAUGGAGUCUCUGAGAGAUUGAAUCGCACACUGCUUGGACUAGCGCGCGCGAUGAUCUAUGCGAGAGAUCUACCUCGUUAUCUUUGGGCUGAAGUGAUUGCUCACGCAGUCUAUAUUAAAAAUAGAUCGCCUACCCAGGCGUUAAAUGGGGCAACUCCCAAAGAAAAAUGGAAUGGGACGAAACCAAAUAUCUCGUACCUACAAGAAUUCGGUUCCCCCGUAUGGGUCCUCACGGAGGACGCAACACUAUCAAAGCUAGCGCCCCGUGCCAACAAGUAUAUUUUUGUUGGAUACAUGGACGGACCCAAAGCCAUCAAAUAUUAUGAUGCGCAUACGUGCCAGAUUAAAAUCUCGCGUAAUUUCCAAUUUUCUUCAAAUUCCCCGGACCAUUUGCCCGGCAAUGCGCCUCACGUGCCACAAGAGCAAAUAGGAUCCAACGUACCUAUCCUCACAGCACAGUGUGAGGGGGAGCAAAAUAUAUUUCUGGGCACUUUACCUAGCAAUGCAUCAGACGUGCUGCAUGCGGAAAGGAGACCUGAAGUCCCAAACCUCACAACGACCGCAGACGUGCGGCGCGAGGGGGAGUUAGGAACUUCCGCGCCACAGUCACCUGCCAAAAAUCCGCGAAAGCACAGACAGGAUGAUGAUCCUGAUCAACGCGAGGAAAGUGGGACGGACGCACCAAGCCAGCCCAGACGAACCAGAAGAAAGACAGUUCAGCAUGAUUACCAUCUAAUGCACGACCCAGAGGCAGACGAAGAUCUGGAUAAUGAUCCAGAUAAAUCAAAUGCCGAAUUAGUCUAUAUUGCGAUGAGUGCCCACGGAAAUGCGGACACGGAUGAGCCAAAGACGCUCAGUGAUGCCAAGAGAUCACUCGAGUGGCCCAAAUGGGAACAGGCAGUCCAGAUGGAACUCAAUCAACUACAGGGUAUGGAGACUUGGGAGUUAGUGGAACCUUCUGAAGAUCGAAAACCCGUAGGAAAUAAAUGGGUUCUAGUCAAGAAAACAAACAAAGAGGGUGAAAUAAUUAAAUACAAAGCCCGCCUGGUUGCGAAGGGAUAUUCUCAAAUCCCAGGCAUGGACUAUACUGAGACGUUUGCGCCUGUAGUCCGCCUCAAAACCAUUCGAGCUAUCCUCGGGCUAGCCGCAAUCUUAGAUUGGGAGAUCGGACAGAUGGACGUGAAAGACACCUAUCUUAACGGAACUCUCAAAGAAGAAGUGUACAUGCCUUGGAAUAAUCUACGGGCCAAUUGCAGAUGUCAAGCCUGA